AUGGAGCAAGUGACCAAUGUGACAAAAUUCAUCCUGCUUGGUCUGACACAGGACCCAGAUGUGCAGAAACUAUUGUUUGUAGUAUUUUCAGCAAUCUACUUUCUCACCCUGGUAGGCAAUCUGCUCAUUAUUGUAACAAUCACCAAAACCCAGGCUCUGGGCUCCCCCAUGUAUUUUUUUCUGUCUUUCUUAUCCCUCAUAGAUGGCUGCUGCUCUUCUACUAUGGCCCCAAAAAUGAUAUUUGACUUACUCACUGGAAAUAAAACUAUCUCCUUUACUGGGUGCAUGACUCAGCUCUUUGCAGAACAUUUCUUUGGGGGAGUUGAGAUCCUCCUGCUCACAGUGAUGGCCUAUGACCGCUAUGUGGCCAUCUGCAGGCCCCUCCACUACAUGAUCACAAUGGACAAGCGAAUGUGUAGCCUCCUGGUAUCUAUGGCCUGGGCUGGAGGGUUUCUUCAUGCUUUGAUUCAAGUUCUUUUUAUGGUCUGGUUGCCCUUCUGUGGCCCAAAUGUCAUUGACCAUUUCAUCUGUGACCUUAUUCCUCUCUUAAAACUCACCUGCAUAGACACACAUGUUUAUGGACUCUUUGUGGCCGCCAAUAGUGGGCUGAUGUGUAUUCUAAUUUUUUCUCUUAUAAUCACCUCCUAUGUCCUCAUACUCUGCUCCCUAAAGACCCACAGCACUGAAGAACAGCGGAAAGCUCUCUCCACCUGCACCUCCCACGUUACCGUAGUCAUCCUUCUCUUCAUACCCUGUAUCUUCGUGUACCUUCGGCCAAUGGUCAUCUUCCCUAUUGACAAAUCAGUUGCUGUGUUUUAUACUAUGAUAGUGCCCAUGUUAAACCCCUUAAUCUACACCCUCAGAAACAAAGAGGUGACAGAUGCCAUGAGGAAGCUCUGGAGCAAAAAAACCAAAUCAGGUAAUAAUUCACAUGAUUGA